UCGUGUGGAUCGAAUGCGGCAACUUCGUACUUCCCGCAUCGCCAGUGAAUGUCGAAUUCGACGAUCGGCGGAUAAUUUCGCGCUCAACGUUAUGGCUAUCCGAAGAUCAGGGACAUCCCCGUUCGAAGACAUGUGCGCGGGCGUGCGCGUGUGUUAUUUGUAAUGAGCACCGCGAUGUGAUCAGUAUCGCGACAACCGAGCGUCCUUCGCUCUUGAUCGCAUUAGUGACCGUAAAUCGCGUUUCUCUAAAUCGCGAGCGAGAAUAAUAAGCAACAUGGACUGUAGAUAUCAUUAAGAUUGAGUUGAGCAACCAGAAAAGCCACGCUCAUAGUGUCUUCGUAUUAUACUUUGGAAGGAAAGCUGAAUUUAUGACGGGUUCAAAAGUAAUCAGAAGGAAGCAUAAGAUUUCUCAGAGAUAAUACGAGCUAAAUUAAAGAAGAGACGAGAUAAGAAUUGCUCUCAAGUUCUCUAAAGCUCUACGUUGCUCUUUUGGUUGCUCUGAAAAAAAAAUUGAGUAAAAUUCUGACGAGUACGUCGAAGUGCAGCAUCGAGGGAGAUUUCGAGGCCAUGCAGGGCGGGGUGGCGAAUCGAAGAGGAUCCUUUGCGUCGAGGAGGUGAUUCGCUAACGAUGUCACUCUGAAGAUCAUUUGGAAACCGAGAAGAUGUGCUGCUCAGGUGGCCCAGGUGGUAUCAGACUGACCGGAUGCGGCGUGAUAUGCGGUCUCGCCGCGCUGGCGGCCCUCGGCGUCGCUCUUUCGGGUCCAACCUGGCUACACACCGAGGAAAAGCUUGCCGUGCCAGACGUGUCGAAGAAUUCUGCAGUCAGCGUGAAGUUCAAGCUGGGACUUUUCAGAGUUUGCUCGACAAUCGUGAAUCCCUCCAAUCUGACGUUGCCCUUUCCGUUACCGCCGCCUUGUAGUUACGUGAGGUACAGCAGCCUGGAAGACGUGAAACCGAAGGAGUUGGGCUUCCCUCAAUUAGAAUUCACGCCCACGGUCGUCUCAAAAAUACGGAUCUCCGCACCGUUCCAAGUGGUCGCCGCGAUCCUGAUCCUUGCCGCGACGGUGUCGGCUAUGAUCGGCCAUUGUUAUUCCGAUCAUAGGACCCUCGUAGCCUGCGGACUUUUCCUUCUAAGCGGACUUUCCUUAGGCGGCGGGUUGAUAGUUCUGGCAUCAGCAUUGUCGGACGCAUCACUGGAGUUACCGGGGAAAUACAGUUUGCCGUCAACUGCCGGCAUGCAAAUGGACGAUAACGGUCUACCUCAGUACCACUACGGCUGGUGCCUACAACUCUCGGGAUUAGCACUGAUGCUCGCGGAAGUGGCGGCCGUUUUAACAAUGUCCGGUUACAUGGCACGGUUCUCCACGGUCGAAGAGAUGGUGAGAGUCAUGGUCCCGGGUGCCGAAAGAAAGCUGAGGGAACAGAGAGGAUUUAGCUCAGAGUAUCUUGUGAGGGCACAUCAGAAAUCACCGGGACCGCCACAGGCCCGACCCUUCGGCCAGCCAACCAAAACGCCUCAAAAAAUAGCCGAAGAAGGAACUUCAUUGCUCUGCAAAUCGGCGCCUGAUAUUUGCGCGUCGAAUCCACAGGCCAUCAGUUAUGUCGAUAAGGCAGACCUAUCGCACGUCCUGCCAGUCUACCCGGACGGCAAGAACAUCGACCCACGGUACAACAAUUUCGAUAAGUCGGAAGGCAACGUCAUAGAUUCUCGACUAAGCGGCUUCACCGAUAAAGAAGGCUUCAUUGAUUCUCGAAUUCUGUCCGAUUCCAGACAAAAUAUGAUCGCUUUUACGGAUAACAAGGAACCUGAUCAGGAACAGCGGUACACCGAAUUCUCCACGAGAAACACCGACCAGAAUAUCGUAGAUUCCAGAUUGAGCGGCUUCGUCGAUAAAGAGGGUCUUCUCGAUUCUAGAUUAAGUGGCUACGUCGAUAAGAAUGAAUCCUUACUGGAUACCCCGUUCGGUUUCGACACUAGAUUCAACAGUCUGGCUGGACAGACUGUCCCAAUCACGCUAAAGAAUCAAAAUGCCUCGGUAUCGGCUAUUCAAUCACAGUAUAUAUAUCAAAACUUUGGAACAAUACACUCGGGCAUUCUUAAAGUAUCAGAACCUGGUACCAGCUCCAGUUCCAAUUCCAGUCAACGUAGCAUGACCUUGCAAAAUCCAAAACGGAAGUCGCAAAUCGCUCAGAACACCUUUAGCACAAUGGAAUGCGAAAAGAGGAAGCGAGCAUCCGGGCUAACUGGCAAGGCGAGCUUUUACACUGGAAGUGCUGUAUGACCACCACCCCCACCUCCGACACCAAGGUAACUCCCAGAAGAGGACACCCCAUUGUAGCCGGAACUCGAUGCGACUUUCGAGUUGGGUCGGAGGAUAUUCAUCACUGAUCGCGCCUAAAGGGAGAGAAAAGAAUGAAUUUUUUACCAGCUAAAGAUAACUCUGCCGUAUUUACUAAAAAUGCGUUUGUCGAUAAACGGUAUACGUAAAAGAAAAUGCGUUUUUGUCAACCAUCGGCAUUGCAGGUUCCUACGAUGGAUUUAAACAAGCUGCCAAAAGGAUGCCAAUAUUAUAAUUAUGCGCGCGGUAGUAAUACGUUAACUUAAGAGGAUGCUGGGGUGAUCAAAUUGUCGAUACAUUGCAGAUCGGUAAAAAUCUCCGAAUUUAUUGAACGGAAUCAAAAAUUCUUUUGCAGGAUUAAAAUAGACGCAAAAUUGGGGGGUGGUGCAAUGGACUUUAUAUUAAUAUCGAAAAAGAUUAAAAACUUACUUAUUUUCCAACUCGUAGAACUGUCACUUGUUCUCUAAUACAAAAGUUAUACAGCUCGUAUGGA